UUCGAGAAUUUUCCCCACUAACCUUUCUUUAUACGUCUCUCUAAUGCCACGUUCCCUUCUCUCUUUAGUUAAUCACCUUUUUCAAAGCUUAAUUUCAAAUGGGGUUCUUUCAAAUUCAUGAAGUUUCUUUCUUCCUCCCAAUACCCAAUACCCUUUAUAUUCCAAUCUAACAAUAAAAACGAGAAAACCCGAAAGAAAAAAAACCCCAUCUUCCAUUUCUUCUCUUAUUCUCUUCACGAUCAUGCAGAGCCACGGCGGCGACGGCGAAGUAAUCAACAAACAAGUAAUUUUAAAAGACUAUGUCACCGACGGCGCUUCCCCCAAAGAAUCGGAUCUUGAAGUGAUCGCCAACAGAACCAUUAAACUGAAGGUUCCGAAUGGCUCACAUGGAGUUCUUCUUAAGAAUCUCUACCUUUCCUGCGAUCCCUAUAUGCUUGCUUGUAUGAACAAGUUCGAAAAUGCCUCCAUUGAUAUUGCUUCCUUCACUCCCGGUUCGCCUAUUAGGGGAUAUGGAGUUGGGAAAGUUUUGGAUUCCGAUCAUCCGAAGUUUAAGAGAGGAGAUUUUGUAUGGGGGAAGACAGGUUGGGAAGAGUAUUCUAUACUUUCAACCUCAGAAGCUGAAGCUCUAUUUAAAAUUGAUCACACCGAUGUUCCUCUUUCUUAUUACACAGGAAUUCUUGGUGUGAAUGGGAUGACUGCUUACGCUGGUUUCUUCGAGAUUUGUUGUCCUAAAAAAGGAGAAUAUGUGUUCGUCUCAGCUGCAUCUGGUGCAGUUGGCCAACUUGUUGGCCAAUUUGCCAAGUUAAUGGGAUGUUAUGUUGUUGGUUGUGCUGGUAGCAAACAAAAGGUUGAUUUGCUGAAGAACAAACUCGGGUUCGACGAGGUUUUUAACUACAAAGAAGAGCCAAACUUGGAAGCUACUCUAACAAGAUGCUUCCCUGAAGGAAUAGACAUUUAUUUUGACAAUGUUGGAGGGAAGAUGUUGGAUGCUGCUCUUGUUAAUAUGAGGAGGAAUGGUCGUAUUGCUUUGUGUGGGAUGGUAUCUGAGUUCCAAAAAGACAAACCUGAAGGUGUUUAUAAUUUGAUUGGUGCUAUUGGAAAACGCGUUCGUUUGGAAGGGUUUAUUAUGCAUGAUUACUUGCAUCUCUAUCCUAAGUAUUUGGAUUUUGUUUUGCCUCCCAUAAGGGAAGGGCAGAUUGUUUAUUUAGAAGAUUUAGCUUAUGGCCUUGAGAAUGGUCCAUCCGCUCUUAUCGGCAUCUUGUCAGGUCGCAACGUAGGCAAACAAGUAGUUGUUGUUACAAAGGAAGAUUGAGCUUGUUUAGAAAGACUUUACUUAAAUGUUUUUAAGCAUUUGGUAUGACGAUAUGCUAAAUGAUAUGAUAUAAAUUUGUUUUCAUUCAUAAA